CAUUCGCCAUCUUUCCCAAGCCUCCGGAAGAAAAACACGAGCGCAGCGCAGAAGAAAAGAAGAGAUCGGGUCGAGGAAGCAAAUAGGAUCGGAACCAAUGGCGGAUCAAAAUCAAACCGAAGCUGGAAGGCACCAGGAGGUUGGCCACAAGAGCCUUUUGCAGAGUGAUGCUCUCUACCAGUACAUUCUAGAGACCAGUGUCUACCCCAGAGAACCUGAACCCAUGAAGGAGCUCAGAGAGAUCACAGCCAAACACCCUUGGAACAUCAUGACAACCUCGGCAGACGAGGGGCAGUUCUUGAACAUGCUCCUUAAGCUUGUCAAUGCUAAGAACACCAUGGAGAUCGGUGUCUACACUGGCUACUCCCUUCUUGCCACUGCUCUGGCUCUUCCCGAGGACGGAAAGAUACUGGCCAUGGACAUUAACAGAGAAAACUACGAACUGGGCCUUCCGGUAAUUCAGAAAGCCGGUGUAGCCCACAAAAUCGAUUUCAGAGAGGGCCCUGCUCUUCCUGUUCUUGACGAGCUCGUUAAAGAUGAAAAGAAUCAUGGGAGCUUUGAUUUCAUAUUCGUGGAUGCGGACAAGGACAACUAUUUGAAAUAUCACAAGAGGCUGAUCGACUUGGUAAAGGUAGGAGGACUGAUCGGGUACGACAAUACCUUGUGGAAUGGGUCCGUGGUGGCACCACCCGAUGCGCCUCUGAGGAAGUACGUGAGGUAUUACAGAGACUUCGUGUUGGAGCUCAACAAGGCUUUGGCUGUGGACCCUAGGAUCGAGAUCUGCAUGCUUCCCGUUGGUGAUGGCAUCACUCUCUGCCGUCGGAUCAGCUGAUUUCUCUGCACCCUUUUACACCACGUCAUUUCCCUUUAUUUGUUCUGACGAAAGGGCCCACAAAUAUUUCCUUCCGUAUUUUUUUCCCUUCAAAUUAUUUUGAUUGCACGGUGCUUAAUCGAAAGUGUCUUAUAUUUUCCA